AUGGCGGCGCUGGGCGGGCGCGGGCGGGCGGCGGUCGGGCUGCUGCGCCGGGCACCGGGGACAGGAGCGACACCGGGAGCGGCGCCGCGCCGGCACCGGCACAAGGAGAAAUGGGCUGCCACGGCCCCACGCAUCCCAUCCACGCGGCUGGCGCUGCAUCACUUCGACACCAGCUACAGCCUGCACCUGGGGGCCCUGUGGCCUUCAGUCCGUGCUGGCCUGCUCUGUGAGCAGAAAUAUGGAGCCCUGCUCAACAACUUCGCUGCUGCUGACCACGUUCCUGAAGAGCUGGAGCUGCUCAACGCCACUGAUUUCAUUUCCGAGGCCCUCCAGAAGGCGCAGCAAUGUCAGCGGGGUGCGGCUGUGGGGGAAGCGGCCACAGGGUGCCAGGAGGGCUCUGGUGAGGGCAGGACUGGGAUGCAGGCAGAAAUUGUGGCACAGGCAGAGAUGUCCCCACGACUCUGCACAUCCAUCAGCUCCAAAAUCAAGUGUUACACCUUCCCCAGGGGUGACAUCACGCGCUUUCGCCCUGCACGACCGGAUGGGCUGGGGCUCCUCGACUAUUACCUCAUGGAUGCAGCAUCUCUCCUGCCUGUGCUGGCACUCGACGUGCAGCCAGAUGACUUUGUCCUCGACCUCUGUGCUGCUCCGGGUGGGAAGACUCUGGCUCUGCUGCAGACUGGGUUUUGUGGGCAUCUGGCAGCCAAUGAUGUCUCCGUUUCCCGGACAAAGAGGCUGUACCAGAUUCUCCAGAGCUAUGUCCCCAAAGAAGUCAGGGACACUGUGAGUGUCACAUCCUACGACGGAAGAGACUGGGACCAGGUGAAAGGAGGCACUUUUCAUAAGGUGCUGGUGGAUGUGCCCUGCACCACAGACAGACACUCUGCCAUGGAGGAGGACAACAACAUCUUCCACAGGAGGCGAACCAAAGAGCGCCAGAUGCUGCCCAUGCUGCAGCUGCAGCUGCUGAUGGCGGGGAUCCUGGCGGCCAGGCCGGGAGGAGCUGUGCUGUACUCCACGUGCUCGCUGUCCCCGCUGCAGAACGAGUGCGUGGUGGAGAGGGCUCUGGACGUGGCACGAGCCCAGUUCAACAUCAGCCUGCACCCAGAGGACCUGAGCCACUUCAGGACGCUCUUCCAGGACACCUUUUCCUUCUUCUCGGAGUGCCAGCUCGGGGAGCUUGUCCUGCCUCACCUCACAGCCAACUUUGGGCCCAUGUACUUCUGCAAAUUACGUCGGGAGUAGAAGGGGCAGCAGAGUCUGUCUGCUGUCAGGAAGUAGCCCAAUAUUUAAGGGAUAGCAGAACUGCUUUAUAUUUAUUUUUCUUUCUAAAAUGUCCCAAAGGAAACCUGCCUUUUUGCUGCAGACAUGGGGAAUAAAUGAGG